AAAAAGGCUCAUUAAGAUUUCAAUAAUUCCCUCCCUUUCAGAAAUCUUCAGGAAAGAAGUUACAUAUGUCCCACAAAAGAAAUCUCUCGCUCCAAAAAAAGUGAAAGUCUUUUUAUGUAAGAUAAGAUGAGCACACCAUCAUCAAAAUUAAGCUCCCUACUGCAGUACAGAUUUGUGAAGAAGUCGCCUGGAAGUCAGAAUGGGUCUCAGUCAUCCGGCAGUGCCACCCAGUCACCCUCCCAGACAAGCACAGUGCCGCCUAGCACCCCAGACAAGAGGCCAGCAAAUCUGCAAGUUACACCAGAUAGUAAAAGUUCUACUGUACCAGAGACUUCUUCCAUGUCCAGUCCAGACUCACCAAUCUUCAAUACAAGGCCAAAACUGAUUGACAGAAACUGGAAUGCCACACCAGAAAAACCUUCUUCAAGCAGCGUUACGGAGCCAUGGUUGUCAAAACAGAAUGGACAGGUUGUUAAUGGAACGAAUGGCAGACAGAAAGGUGGUAGAACAUAUCCAACAUUUCCUGAUGACAGUGAUGAUGAUGAUGUGGCAAUUAUUGAUGAUUUUGAUGGAAAGAUGGAAAGUCUGCGACAGAUGUUCUCCAUCAAAACAGAUGAGGAGAUAAAAUCAGCUCUCCUAGAUGCCACUGGAGAUGUGGAAAAGGCCAUAGAUAUACUUGUUGCCCCACCAGGUAAAAAGUUCAAAAGAAUAAGACAGGAGAGUCAGGAGAGUACAGCUGAGUCCGACUCGCCGGUACAGCCUCGGAAGAGAAUUCGGAUGAUAUCUAGCGACAGUGGUGAGGAUAGUAAUUCUCAGUCAACUAUUGAACCUGACUCCCAGGGAACUGUGGGAUACAGCCUAGAUACUCAGCGGUCAGAUGCUACAGUUUUAUACGAUGUAGAUGAGGAAGACAACUCUCCAUUGACGGAUGAUCAGAAGAAAAAGAUUAACUUCCUUAAAGACUGUUUUAGCGAUAAAACUGAAAAGGAGCUGCGUCAUGCACUGUCAUCUAAUGACUGGAAUAUAGCUGAUGCUACUGUGACGAUGAGUGCAUCAACCACAUUGAAGGCUGUUUCAUCAGUAAAUAAAGUACGGGCGAAAGCUGCUGCUGGGAUGAAAAAACAAAAUGAUAUCCAGUUGGAGGACGAUGAUGAGGAUGAAGAUUUCAGUGGGGCUGAGUCCGACAGCGAUGAUAGCAUUGAGGAAGAAGGCGAUUCAGGCAAGAAGGUGAUCCUGAGUUUCUUUGAAGAUGCUACACUGGAAGAAUUAAUGGCCACACCAGGCUGCUCUAAAAAGAAAUCAGAGCUGAUUGUCAGUCAUAGACCAUUUGGUACUUGGGAAAACAUGGUAGAGAAGUUUGUGACAGUAAAGGGUUUGACCUAUGACCUGAUCAGUGGUUGCCAAGAAGUGAUCAGGAUUCGGGAGGUAGUUGUGCGACUGAUGAAGCGUUGCGAGGGUAUAUCAAAGACGAUGGAGAAAGUAGUGCAUGAUCUCAUACAUUCUAACACACAGCUUGAUAACAGUGAGCAGAUCACUAAACAGCCAAAACUUCUCAAUCCAGAUUUGCAGCUGAAACCAUUUCAGAUGAUUGGUCUGAACUGGCUAAGGAUUAUGCAUACCCAGGAAAUAAAUGGCAUUCUAGCUGAUGAAAUGGGCUUGGGAAAAACAAUACAGACAAUAUCAUUUUUAGCUCACUUACUGGAAGAGGGAGAAACGGGGCCACAUGUUAUCAUCGUACCAUCAUCUACUAUAGAAAAUUGGAUACGGGAAUGUAAAGUAUGGUGCCCCUCGAUGAAAACUCUGGUAUAUUAUGGAUCUCAGGAAGAAAGACGGGCAACAAGGCAAUAUAUCAUGUAUGCGAAAGAGGAUGAAUAUAAUGUUAUUAUCACAACAUAUAACAUGGCUACUGGGAGUGUUGAAGACAGAGCAUUAUUCAAGAAAUUCUUUUUCCACGUUGCUGUAUUUGACGAGGGUCAUCUACUGAAAAAUAUGUCGUCUCUACGAUACCAGAAUCUCAUGAGAAUUCAGGCAAAUAGAAGAUUGCUGUUGACGGGUACCCCUUUGCAGAACAAUCUACUAGAACUCAUGUCUCUGCUGUGUUUUGUCAUGCCAGAUAUGUUUAUAGGGAAGACAGAACAACUAAAGCGCAUGUUCACCAUGAUCUCAAGAACUAACAAUGAUGAGAAGAGAAGCCGUUACGAGCAGGACAGAAUUGUCCAGGCGAAACAGAUCAUGAAACCAUUUGUACUGAGAAGACUCAAGUCAGAGGUUAUGAGUCAACUGCCCCAAAAAUUAGAUGCCGUUGAAUACUGUGUCAUGACACCAGGCCAACAGGAGGUUUAUGACCGUCUGAUUAAAUCAUUUACAAACCAGUUAUCGGACGAUGAUGACGCACCUGUAAAUAGGUCGGCGAUGUUGAUGCAGCUGAGGAAAGCAGCAAAUCACCCAUUGUUACAUAGAUCUCAUUACACAGAUGACCUUAUCAAGGAAAUGGCGGAAGUUCUUUGUGAGGAACCAAGUCAUAAAGAUCGAGGGGCAUUACCAAAGUUUAUCAUUGAAGAUAUGAAGCCAAUGUCAGAUUUUGAAAUUCACAAGUGUUGUCGUUAUUACAAGAGAUAUUUGGGUGAUUAUAUGUUAGAUGAAGCAUUGAUUGAGGAGUCAGGAAAGUUUAACAUAUUAGACCACAAGCUGGACUUUUACCGUGACCAAGGAGAUAGAGUGUUACUGUUUAGUCAGUUUACCACAAUUUUAGACAUUAUGGAAAUAUUCAUGAAACGGAAAAAAAUCAGAUAUAUACGACUGGAUGGCUCAACUCCUGUACCGGAAAGACAGCGGUUAAUAGACGAGUACAACAAUGAUAAGGGUAUAUUUGUGUUUCUCUUGUCGACCAAAGCUGGUGGUUUGGGGAUCAAUCUUACAUCAGCUAAUGUUGUGAUACUUCAUGAUAUAGACUUUAACCCAUACAAUGAUAAACAGGCAGAGGAUAGGUGUCACAGAGUUGGACAAACAAGAGAAGUACAGAUACUCCGACUGAUCAGUAAAGACACCGUGGAGGAGGCCAUGUUGAAAUGUUCACAAGAAAAACUGAAAUUAGAAAAAGAUGUUAUUAGUACAGACAACCAAGGUGAUGAAUCUGGGAACAGCAAAGAUGUUGCAUCCAUUUUGAAACAAGCAUUAAGUACCAAGAUGAAUAGUUGAUGAUUGCCUAAAGUUAGGCACAUUAAAAUAAGUCACUGCCUACUACAGUUAGGCAAAUUAGUCUUGUAGACUACAGGGUUGCUGAUGUGAAUGUGAUUAAACUAUAUGUGUGAACUUGUCAGAAAAUGUGUAAACUCAUACAGAAAUUGUGUAUUAAGCUGUGGUUAGAAAUAUGCGUAAUGUGCAGUUUUAUGAGGAUCACACGACCCGCUUCACAUAGAAUGUUGGACAUGUUCAGGAAAGGUCAGAAUUGACAAGAAUUUGAAACGAUAUCAGUAACAGGACAAUCCGAUAGAGAAAGAAGAUUUACUUUUUGUCAGUCUUGAUAAAAAUAGAAGCUUAGUGCAGGUAGCUGAGUCUCAUGGUCGGAAAUGUCAUACUCUAAUUUCGUUGGAGAAUAAUUUCAACCAUUCCAUUUGAUAUGUGUUUGUUGAAAGGAUUAUGGCUUUUAUGGCCUGACUGAUCACUAUACUGUGUUGGUUUAUCAUGUAAGACAGUGAGUGGGGAAAUGCUGUGCAAAAGAUUUGUAUAGAAUAAAGAUAUUCCAUGUACAAGGCUGAUGAAAGUAAAAUUACAUCCUGUUAUAAGCAAGUUGUGCGGGAGUUAGUUGUGCCGAGUGUAAGUUGUGCUGAAAUAGUGACACAGGCCAGUUUUCUUGAAUCAGACAUUUCUUUUUCAAAGUUCCAAGUCCAGUAUGAAAAAAAGGUUACUGGAUAUUUCAGGUGAAAUUUCUACUUGGAUUUAGUCUUUCUUUGAAUGUUAAUUAUGGUGGAAGAUACACAAGUGGUCAUAUAGAAUAUGGAAUUGUUAAAAAGAAAGAAGGAAAAUGUCUGUGUAAUCAAAAUCAAGAAUGUCUGUGUUGAAUGUUUUAUAUGAACAAUAUGUACAAAUUUAUGAAUUGUGUAUAAAAGUGAAUUGUGCAAGGAAAUAUGUAUAUUAGACUAAUACCAUGACAUGAGAUUUUGUUGUAUGAACAGCCAGUUGAAUAACCAUGAAUAUAGGGUAUGGGAGAUCAGGGACUUGUUUUGUGGGAAUAAUUAGGUCAUCCUUAGAAAAUUGUUUGUUUGCAGUGUUUGACCAACACACCAAAAUUGCCUCUCUUUGAAAAAGUGACUUGGUACAAAGGUCAAAUAUCUUAUUCUAACUAAUCAGAGGCCUCAUUGCUGUAAUGGUUAAACUGCUGAAAUUUGUCUAACUUCAUUUUUUUUGCUAUCAAAUGUAACUUCAGUUUGUUCAGUCAGUUAUUAAAGAAAGAAAAAAAAAUCACCUACCUUCUUGCCCACAUGUAAAAUUUGGGGCUGGAGAACAACAAAUGAACAAUUGUUUAAGAAUGAUCUUUAAGUCAAGCAAAUUUAAGUUUAUAGCACUGUAUUUUGAAUCCUGCCUUUUUUGUUUUCAAGUAUUUUCUUGGGAUGUUACUGAUGGCAUGUUGCAAUGUGGUAGUAAAUGUACCAGGUUACGUUCUGAAAUAUUUAAAUAGCAUUGGCUGGUUGUUCAGAAUUUUUGUUGAAUCGUAUUUGUAUUCAAUGGCGAUACCUUUAUUGUCUGACAUCUUGUUGCAUGUGAGUGAUGAUUUAUUAUCAGGAACCACAAUAUGAUAGCUUGUAUAAUUUGAUUAUUUAAAAAGAAUUUUGGCAUGUAAUAGCUUAUAUAAUUUGAUUAUUUAAAAAGAAUUUUGGCAUGUAAUAUAAGGCUGGGGAAAAACACUGCUGUAGGUACUUAAUGGUUCUGGGUUAUAUGGCUGGUAGGCAAGUAGAAAUGUCCUGAAAGCUUUAUGAGAAUCCCAAUUACAAUUGAAAUCAAAAUCAUUAUAUUGUGUCCAAAAUAACUGAAAUUUAUGAUGGAAAAUACCGUCAUUAAAAUCUGUUUUAGUUCUUAAAUCCAGUAAAAAUGUGUUGAACUGUUCGCAUCAGUUAUAUUCAGUAGAAGCCUGUCUGUCUCUUAGUAACCCUACUUUGGAUGCUGCGUUAAUACCCAAAAAGAGUGAAGUACUUGAUGUCACCAUGGUAUUUCUACUUGGUUUUAAUCUUCAAUUCACAUUCCACAUACAAUGGACAAACAUUAAUUGGUGCUUUUAUUUAUAUGAAGAUUCUCUGUUUCUUUAAAUAGUGCUACUGAAAUUGGAUGCAUGUUUUAUAAAGUGCUAUUAAAAUUGUCUUGACAAGUACUGUAAAUUGGUAGAAAUUUGCAAAUUCUUGUAGAUAUAAUGUCUUUCAUUCAUACAUGAUCAUUUUUCAUUUUUUCUGUAUUAUUUUUCUGUUAAUAAUUUGUAGAUACUUGGAGAUGAAAAGUGUGUUGUCCGAUGUUUAGUCGACAAUAAAAAUUUUCAGAAUA